AUAAUUAACCAGUAUAUGCUAAAGUCUAGUUUAUACACUGAUCUUGAUAUUUCGCAACAAUUAGCAAGACAUAUCUAUAGUACAAACAAACCGGAUAAUGUUUUACAUCUCAUCACUUUAGGUUCAUCUCUUUCAAUUUUAUCAAAAAUAUAUCCAAUCGAUUGUAUGAUUGACUUACCCGAUUUACGACGGGUUGUCGGAUACAGCGAACCACAUGACUUGGAGGAUAUAAAUUACAUUAAUGCUUGUCAAUCUAAUUCGAGAGGUGAAAUUAUUAAGGGCAACUGCGUAGUUAUACCUGAUUAUUUGUUACACGAAUCUGGAACUUUAGAAGAGAUUAAAGUUUAUAAUACACAGUCGACAAACUUAUUACAAACGAAUGAUAAUGUUCCGUUGACUCGUUUUGUAGAGAUCCUAAAAUGUCUUGCGGAGGUUUUUCAACUCAAGAUGAUAACGAUUCAAGUAAAGUCGCUUUUAAUAGGGACAAAAAAUUGUAUUUCAAUUUUUAAACGUACCUCGAAUUGCAUGAAAAUGAGUGUAUAA